GCAGCCUCCUGGAGUGGAGUUACUGUGUGUGAGCAGAUCCCUGAAGCCUUCUGACCUGAUGGGAAGGUUGAAGUGACAAAAGAGGGAGUGAAGCUCUGCACCAUGGGACCUGGCAAAGUUUUUGGGGAGUUAGCAAUCCUUUACAACUGCACCCGGACAGCUACUGUCAAAACUCUCGUAAAUGUGAAACUUUGGGCUAUUGAUCGGCAAUGUUUUCAAACAAUAAUGAUGAGGACUGGCCUCAUCAAGCAUACUGAGUAUAUGGAAUUUUUGAAAAGCGUUCCCACAUUCCAGAGCCUUCCCGAGGAGAUCCUCAGUAAGCUUGCAGAUGUCCUGGAAGAGACUCACUACGAGAGUGGAGAGUACAUCAUCCGCCAAGGGGCUCGAGGGGACACCUUCUUCAUCAUCAGCAAAGGAAAGGUGAACGUCACCCGGGAGGACUCUCCCAGUGAAGAUCCUGUCUUUCUCCGCACUCUGGGGAAGGGGGAUUGGUUUGGAGAAAAAGCCCUCCAAGGGGAGGAUGUCAGGACAGCCAACGUCAUCGCAGCUGAAGCAGUCACUUGUCUGGUCAUAGACAGAGACUCCUUCAAGCACCUGAUCGGGGGCCUGGACGACGUCUCCAACAAAGCCUAUGAGGAUGCAGAAGCAAAAGCAAAAUACGAAGCCGAAGCUGCCUUCUUUGCCAACCUGAAACUGUCGGAUUUCAACAUCAUCGACACCCUGGGAGUCGGAGGGUUCGGGAGAGUGGAGCUGGUGCAGCUGAAGAGCGAGGAGGCCAAGACGUUUGCCAUGAAGAUCCUGAAGAAGCGGCACAUCGUGGACACGCGGCAGCAGGAGCACAUCCGCUCCGAGAAGCAGAUCAUGCAGAGCGCCCACUCCGACUUCAUCGUCAGGCUCUACAGGACGUUCAAGGACAGCAAGUACCUGUACAUGCUGAUGGAGGCCUGCCUGGGGGGAGAGCUCUGGACAAUUCUCAGGGACAGGGGUUCAUUCGAGGAUUCCACCACCAGGUUUUACACGGCAUGCGUGGUGGAAGCCUUUGCCUACUUGCAUUCCAAAGGGAUCAUUUAUAGGGACCUCAAGCCAGAGAACCUCAUUCUGGAUCACCGAGGUUAUGCCAAGCUGGUCGAUUUUGGCUUUGCAAAGAAAAUAGGAUUUGGAAAGAAAACAUGGACUUUUUGUGGCACCCCGGAGUACGUAGCCCCCGAGAUCAUCCUGAACAAAGGUCAUGACAUUUCGGCAGACUACUGGUCCCUGGGAAUCCUGAUGUAUGAGCUCCUGACUGGCAGUCCCCCUUUCUCAGGCCCAGACCCCAUGAAGACCUAUAACAUCAUAUUAAGGGGAAUAGACAUGAUUGAAUUUCCAAAGAAGAUUGCCAAAAAUGCUGCUAACUUAAUUAAAAAACUAUGCAGGGACAAUCCAUCAGAAAGAUUAGGGAACUUGAAAAAUGGAGUGAAAGAUAUCCAAAAGCACAAAUGGUUUGAAGGCUUUAACUGGGAAGGGUUACGGAAAGGGACACUGACACCUCCCAUAAUCCCAAGUGUCGCAUCUCCCACGGACACAAGCAACUUUGACAGCUUCCCAGAGGACAGUGACGAGCCACCCCCUGACGACAACUCAGGAUGGGACAUAGAUUUUUAAUGUUAUUUCUCUUACCUGCUUCUGCCUUGCUGAGGACAGCUUUUCCUGGGACGUGGCUGCCAGCGGAACGGGAAGACCGGAAUCGGGGAGGAUUCGUGCUCGGGGUCACCAUGAUGCCUUGAUUGAUGCUGCUCCAGUAACUCCAGUGGCAUUAGGACUUCUUGCUUAGUGACAAUAGUGCUCUCCAUGUUUUCUGUUGGAACGUGACCUGGCGUGGGCAUGGUGGUCCUGACACAGAGCCUUGCUCCGGCACAGAACUCCUCUUCUGUGGCCACAGAGAUCCUGGCACACUCUUGAUUAGCAGAGUGAGAGAUCCCUAGAGUAAGAGGCACUUAAUUCCAGCUGCUUUUUCCGUAGGAUCAGUAGUAACUUAUGAAGUGCUGCAGCUACUCCAGUGCAGGAUUUGGGCUAUUCCCACUCUCCGAGCUCCACAGGGCAGCGUUGGAGCCCAGGAGGAGCACGGGCAAAGCACUCCUGUCAAAGCAAAAAGUGGGAAAUGUGUCCUUUUCCUUUCCUAGCAGUAUUCCUGACAAGACUGAAUGUUCCCUUUCCUCUUUGUUUUGGAAACAUUUUGGCUCAGCCUGGUCAAAAAAAGCACAACUGUUGCAGAUGCUGUCAAGGCAGAGGAUGGGUCGCUUCCCUCACAUGGCAGCACCACCUUUGGGCUUCAGUUCUCCUUUCCCUUGGUACCAACACAUGCAUGGAAAGAGAAAAUCGUGGAAUGAAUCCAUUGUACAUCUACUGAUCCAUUGUACAUCCACUGAUCCAUUGAUCUAUUGUACAUCCAUUGAUCCAUUGUAUAUCUAUUGAUCCAUUGUACAUCCACUGAUCCCUUUCACACCUAUUGAUCCAUUUCACAGUGCUCCAGUCACGGUCCUGAGCAAAGCAACAGCAGCCCACAGUCUGAUUAGGUAUAAAAUUAAGGAUAACUUGGAGCUUUUUUAGGCUCAAAGGGAAAAGCAUGAGACCUGUGAUGUCCUCUCGAGGUGCUACAUCCAUUCCUCACCUGGGAAGAAACCUGUCCCUGACCCAUCCUGUCAGGAAUAUGUAGCAGAGGCUCCGUUCUUCCUUUUGGUGAUUCUGUGUCUCCAUGUUUGCAUCUCUUCCGUGUUUAAAGAAUCUCAUUAAAAUAGAAAUUCUGGGCCAGUCUGCUGGCUCUGGUGGAACAUUGCCAGUAGUCCUUAUGCCUCUCCAGGCUAAGGAGCUCCACAGGAAAGUCAGUGGAAUUCAAUGGGAAGUGGAUAUUAGAAGAUCCCUGUGAGGUCUCCAGCGUGCCAGGUCCAUGGGACUGUGUUUAACACAGGGAUGGCCAAAUCCAUAUGGAAAAAUGAACUAGGGAAAACAAUAUUAUCAGGAUAUGCUUUUCCCUCACUUCUACUGCUUUUCCUUUGCUUGAAUUCCCUCCUCUGGUUUAUAGAGUGCAGCAGAGGGAUCCUGUCCUGGGUGCCCAUUUGUGGCAUACAGGACUGAAAGUUUAUCCCAUUAUCCAACAGGAAACAUCAGGUUUUGGUCUCUCUGAGAGACCUGGCCCCCAAAAAAACCACAGAAUCAUGGAAUGAUGGAAUGGUUUGGGUUGGAAGGGACCUUAAAGUUCCUCUCAUUCCAUUCCACCCCUGCCAUGGGUGAGCAGGUGCUGCCUUCUUUAAUCUCAGCUGCCAAGAGCUGACCGUGGAAAGAUCAAGUCUUGCUGACGAGGACUUUUCCCACAUAUUACAUGGAAAAGGUCUGUUUGAGCAGUAAAAAAACCCUUCCCUGAUGCUAAGUCCCAACUCUUUUGCAUGUUUUUCAUUAAAGGAUGUAAUCAAAAGGGUAU